CCGAGCUGUCAUCAGUCUACCGGGAAAGGCAGAGGGCGUCUGGGACACCGGCGGAGAGGGGAGCCGACACACUCGCUGUGAACUUUACGGUGUCGGUUCAGACAGAAACACGUCCGCUUACUGUGAGGACUGGACAAACGAACACAUAGACGGUCCAGUGGACAGACAGAGACCAUCCAGUGAGCUCCACCUGUCUCUGGAGAAAUCGGAGGAGGACUUCCUGCCCCCCAACGCCCCACCUCAGACCUUCUCCCCUGUUGUUGUUUUGAGGUUGUGGACCCCCAGCCAGCCAGGCUGACCACCACAGACUGUGUGUGUGAGGUGAAGGACUGCUAAAUGCACCGUUUAAGGACUUGUGCAGCGCGGCUCAGGCCGCUCACCGCCUCCCAGGCGGUUCAGACUGUCGCCCCCCAGCGACCAAUCACAGCCCCCUGCAGUGGCACACGGACGUUUCAGCUAAUCAGGUGCUACACGGCGCCUGUGGCCUCAGAGCCUUUCCUGAAUGGAACAAGCUCCAACUAUGUGGAAGAGAUGUACUAUGCCUGGCUGGAGAACCCCAAGAGUGUCCACAAGUCAUGGGAUGUGUUCUUCCGUAAUGCCAAUGCUGGAGCCCCUCCGGGUGCAGCCUAUCAGAGUCCACUGGGCUUGUCUCCUGCCGGGGGCUUAGCUCUGUCUCAGGGCUCCUCCCUGGUCGGAGCUCAGCCCAACGUGGAGAAACUGGUGGAGGACCACCUAGCUGUUCAGUCUCUCAUCAGGGCUUACCAGAUCCGAGGGCACCAUGUGGCCCAGUUGGACCCUCUUGGCAUCAUGGACGCUGAUCUGGACUCAUGCGUUCCAACUGACAUUAUCACCUCCUCCGACAAGCUGGGCUUCUAUGGUCUGGACGAGUCUGACCUGGACAAGGUGUUCCGCCUGCCCACAACCACCUUCAUUGGAGGUUCAGAGAGCGCACUGCCCCUCAAGGAGAUCAUCAGACGUCUGGAGAUGGCUUACUGCCAGCACAUUGGUGUGGAGUUCAUGUUCAUCAAUGACUUGGAGCAGUGCCAGUGGAUCAGACAGAAGUUUGAGACUCCAGGAGUCAUGCAGUUCACCCUGGAGGAGAAGAGAACACUAUUGGCUCGCAUGGUGCGAUCUACCAGGUUUGAAGAGUUUCUUCAGAGGAAGUGGUCUUCAGAGAAACGUUUUGGCCUGGAGGGGUGUGAGUCUCUGAUUCCUGCUCUCAAAACAAUCAUCGACAAAUCCUCUGAGAAUGGAGUAGAGAACGUCAUCAUGGGGAUGCCUCACAGAGGUCGUCUGAAUGUGUUGGCCAAUGUGAUCCGUAAAGAGUUGGAACAGAUCUUCUGCCAGUUUGAUUCCAAGCUGGAGGCUGCUGAUGAGGGGUCUGGAGACGUCAAAUACCAUCUGGGCAUGUACCAUCGCCGUAUCAACCGAGUGACGGACAGGAACAUCACCCUAUCACUGGUAGCUAACCCCUCCCACCUGGAGGCUGUGGACCCUGUGGUCCAGGGCAAGACCAAGGCUGAACAGUUCUACUGUGGAGACACAGAAGGCAACAGGGUGAUGUCUAUCUUGCUCCAUGGAGAUGCAGCGUUUGCUGGUCAGGGUAUCGUUUAUGAGACCUUUCACCUGUCAGAUCUGCCUUCCUACACCACACAUGGCACUGUGCACGUUGUGGUCAACAACCAGAUUGGUUUCACCACAGACCCCCGCAUGGCACGGUCGUCUCCCUAUCCCACUGAUGUGGCUCGGGUUGUCAACGCACCUAUCUUCCAUGUCAACGCAGACGACCCUGAGGCCGUGAUGUAUGUCUGCAAUGUGGCUGCAGAGUGGAGGGCCACCUUCCACAAAGACGUUGUAGUUGACCUGGUGUGUUACCGUCGUAUGGGUCAUAACGAGAUGGAUGAGCCGAUGUUCACUCAACCUCUGAUGUACAAACAGAUCAAGAAACAGAAAGGAGUCCUGCUCAAAUACGCAGAGAAACUCAUCGCAGAGGGAGUGGUGACAAGGCAGGAGUAUGAGGAGGAGAUUGCCAAGUAUGAUAAGAUCUGUGAGGAGGCACAUGCUCGAUCUAAGGAUGAGAAGAUCCUGCACAUCAAGCACUGGCUAGACUCACCCUGGCCCGGUUUCUUUACCUUGGAUGGCCAGCCUAAGUCUAUGAGCUGCCCCUCCACUGGUCUCACGGAAGAGAACCUCGCCCACAUUGGCCAUAUGGCCUCCUCUGUCCCUGUGGAGGAUUUCACCAUCCACGGAGGUCUUAGCCGCAUCUUGAAGGGUCGGGCUGAGAUGAUUCGGAAUCGGACGAUGGACUGGGCCUUGGGUGAAUACAUGGCCUUUGGCUCUCUGCUGAAGGAAGGAAUCCAUGUCAGGCUGUCUGGGCAGGAUGUAGAGAGAGGGACAUUCAGUCAUCGUCAUCAUGUCCUUCAUGAUCAGAAUGUUGAUAAGAGGACCUGUAUCCCCAUGAACCACCUGUCGCCUGACCAGGCUCCCUACACCGUGUGUAACAGCUCCCUGUCUGAGUACGGAGUGCUGGGAUUUGAGCUAGGUUUUGCCAUGGCCAGUCCCAACGCACUGGUCUUGUGGGAGGCCCAGUUUGGGGACUUCCACAACACGGCCCAGUGUAUCAUAGACCAGUUCAUCUGCCCUGGCCAGGCCAAGUGGGUCCGACAGAACGGGAUAGUGUUGCUGCUGCCGCACGGGAUGGAGGGCAUGGGUCCAGAACAUUCCUCAGCUCGUCCAGAGAGGUUCCUACAGAUGUGCAACGAUGACCCUGAUGUUAUGCCUACCCUAACAGAGGACUUUGCGGUGCGUCAGCUGUAUGACUGUAACUGGAUUGUGGUGAACUGUUCAAAUCCUGCGAACUACUUUCAUGUCCUCCGACGCCAGAUCCUCGCUCCCUUCAGGAAGCCGCUGAUUGUCUUCACUCCCAAGUCUCUACUGCGCCACCCAGAGGCCAGGUCCAGCUUUGACGAGAUGUUACCUGGAACUCACUUCCAGAGGCUGAUUCCUGAGGCGGGUGUGGCGUCUGAGAAGCCAGCCGAGGUGAAGAGGCUGGUAUUCUGUACAGGCAAGGUUUACUAUGAACUCACCAAAGAGCGCAAACUUAAAGGACUGGACGGAACUGUGGCUAUCGCUCGCAUGGAGCAGCUCUCUCCCUUCCCCUUUGACCUGGUGAAGGCAGAGUCAGAGAAGUAUGCAAACGCUGACCUGGUGUGGUGUCAGGAGGAGCAUAAGAACCAGGGUUACUACGACUACGUCAAACCACGUAUCAGAACCACUAUCGAGCGCGCCAAGCCCGUCUGGUAUGCGGGUCGUGGGCCAGCUGCUGCUCCAGCCACUGGUAAUAAGAACACUCACCUGAUGGAGCUGAAGCGUUUCCUGGACACAGCCUUUGACCUGGAAGCUUUCAAAGACCAGAAAUGAACCCUCCUGUCUCACCUUCAGACCCUUCCCCCUCCCCUCUGGACUCAGACAAAAUACUUCCUGCUAACUAGCAUUCAGCAGUAAUACUCUUCAGUGCAUACCACACCUGUGGGUCUAUGAAUCAGAUCACCAUCCACCUUCAUGUUAGUUUAUUUUAGUCCAGCCCGUCUCCUGGAUGGCUUCAGUCAGGUCCUCUCUCAGACCCUGUCACCUCAGCCUUGUUUCAUCAGUUACUCUUUUGUCAUAGUAGAGUCAUCUUGCCGGGUAACCAGGGUGUAGGUUGUGGAGCCUGUUCCUCACAGAGUCACCUAUUGUUGGGACUGUUGCACAGCCACAUUUGCUCUGACAACUGCCAAAUGUCUUGCUCACCCCGAACUGCCCAGAAAUCUGUCAGGGGGACAUAACAACACUUCCCACAACAGGAAGUGAAGUGAGUAAGGUUUGUGUGUAAAAAGUCGUCAUCAUUUGACUGUGUUGAGCCAACCUGCAGGGAGACUCGACUCUAAACCCAUCUCACCUUUCACCUGUCAGUCCUUCAAUAACCACCCCAAAUAUACACAAACUCUCUCACACAGCUUUAUGCUGUUGCUGUAGUCUACCAUCGUCAUCAUCUUGUUAAGAGUUAGUUUGACCAGAGACGCAGAACAAUCAGGAAGCGAACCCGUGUCCCUCAGCCCUCCUUAAACCAGCAUGUUAGCAUUUAGUGUUCCUUGUUGAAACCGGCGGGCACUGCGGUUUAAGGAUUUAAAGAGCAGAAUGAGACAAACUACUAAAGAAAAUGAACUGAAUUGUAAAACGGUAUGUUUUAAACAACUCUCUCCCCAGCAACAUUUCUCAUCCAGUGAGAAUUUGACUGAAAAAUAUUCUGAUGUGUGGCCGGCUGUAUAACAGCAGUUUUUACAGGUGUUCCCAAAUGAAAUCGACCACAGCUGAUUGUUUUUAAUUUUGCCCUCAUCCUAUGCCUCUUCUCAUCUUUCCCUUCCCUCUUCCUCUCCUACAAGCAUUUAUCCCGUGCCAAAGUGGGUUUGACCGCUUCGUUUAGUCAGCAGGGUAGCUGAACAGACGCUUUUGGGAGGUCAGCUCAUAUCCAGCAGCAGACGUAGAUUACCUGGGGUUCAUUUGGGUAGUUUCUGUGAGGGAAAAACAAGUGAUUUAUUUAUUUUCUUAAUAGGGGAUUGCAAUUGUCUUCAUUGUAUUAUUUUGCUUCAUUCAAUAAAGAAUGUGAACUGA